AUGUUGAAUCGAGACGAUCCAAAGGCGAAAGAAGACAGCUCGAGUAAUGUAGAAGGAGAAGAAACGGCAAUGGUUCCAGAAUCAGGGGAAGCAAGUAGGGAUGAAGCAAACCCAAGCACCAUCGACAAAUAUGUCGCCCCGGGAACCGAGCAAAGUCCCCGAGAUGCAGAUGAAAUCAAAGAAAAUGCAAGUGAGAAAGUGGAAGAGAAGGAAUCAAGUUAUAAAGUGGAAGAGAAGGAAUCAAGUGAAGUAGAAGAAGACAACGAAGGAGAAAAGAAAGUCGGAGAAGAAGAAAAGGAAGCCGGAGACGAAGAAAAGGAAGACCCUUCCGCGACGAUUUUCGGCCUCGCCGACUCUUUCGCAGGUGGAGGAGCAUUAAAACCCGGUGGUAGACCGGCAAAGAAAUCAUCAAAGUCCGGGAUAGGGGCCUCGCUCUAG